AUGGACUCGGCGGAUUCCGGGGAGGUGAUGGGGUUGUUGGGGGCCGCGUUUGAGGCGGAGGGUGCCCAUAAGAAGGUGGCGGAUUACAGGGAGAAGGUGGCGGAUUACAGGGAGAAGGCGGCGGAUGACCAGGAGAAGGUGGCGGGUGGCCUUGAUCAGAAGGAGGAGGAUACCCCGGAGAUGGUGGCGGAUAUGUCUGAUGAGAGGGAGGUGGGUGAGCAUGAGAAGGUGGUGGAUAACCGGGAGACGGUGGCGGAUUGCCAUAAGAGGGUGGUGGAUGAGGUUGAGAAGGCGGCGGAUGACCAGGAGAAGGCGGAGGAUAUCCAUGAGAAGGCGGAGGGUAACCAUAUGAUGGAGGAGGACAGCGAAGAGAAGGCGGAGGUGGACAGCGAAGAGAAGGCGGAGGUGGAAAGCGAAGAGAAGGUGGAGGAUGAUUGGGUGGCGGGUACUGAUAUGGACAGCCAAGAGAAGGCGGAGGAUGAUUAG